GCUAGUCGGGGUAGCCCCUCUGAUAGCGUGACAGCUUUAGUGUUCUAGCCAGCCCGGCUAUCAUCACGCUUUGGUAAUCCGGUGUACACAUUUUUGUGGAGUUAGGCACCCCUUGGGUGCGGCAAUUUUUUUCUUUUGCAGUGGUUGUUUUGCAAGACAGUGUAGAAACCGGUGGGAACACUGCAAAUAUGAGAGUCACAUUUUUGCCUAAAUCGAGUGACACAUUGCUACAUCAUUGUCAAGACGUUCAACGAGUUCUAGCAGUCUACCAGUCAGUGGAAGUUGGGGUCUUUAACAUAGAAGCCACACCAUUGUCCUAAAGAAUAAAAAAUCGGUUGGGACACGAUUGGACCAAGAAUGUGGAUUUGGCGACAAUUCCAGUGGUCGACUCGUCUUCCAAGCUGAUCACGGGCGUGCUCUACGGAAACUUGGCCGACAUGGGCAACUUUGACGAGUGCGUCGCGUCGGGGAGUGUGGAGGAGCAGGGCUUCACGGGCCGCUACGCGCUUCCGGCCCUGGACAUGCAGACCGUGGUCAAGCCUGCGAAUAGCAUGACGCGCGAGGCACGACUCGCUCAGCUGCACAAGGGCCUCAUGGCGGUGGCAGCGGCGGGUCGCGGCGCGAUCCCGGAGACGCCACGGGUCACCGACAACGCCACGGUCGAGUACUCGACGUUGGCGGCGCUGCGCAUAUCCGUGUGCGUGCCCAGCACGUGCCAGGCGGCCGUGGUUGAGGCGGCGCUGGCCCGCGCGUUGGCCGUGGUCAACGCCCCCCUCUCUGCGGCCGGCUUCCACCUGGAGGUCCGUCUGCCCGAGAGGUACACCAACGUGGCGGGGCCCUGGAGGAAGGCGGGCCCCGGUGACUACGUCGUCAUAGCGCUGUGCGUCAUUCUCAUCCUACUGGUCAUCCUGGGGACCACCAUCGACCUCACUCUCGUAGCCAAACACUCGCGCCAGAAGGUGGGCAUGUUGCUGGCCUUCUCGGCCUACACCAACGGCAAGCGCCUUCUGACCAUAGCACCACCUAGUGACUCCAACUUUACCUGCAUCAACGGCAUCCGCUUCCUCUCCGCUAUGUGGGUAGUCUUGGGCCACCGCUACAUCAACGCGCUCGCAGUGCCCUACAUGAACCUCAUCGUCAUGCCCAAGCGGGUGACCGACCCUUCAGCCAUGAUGAUCGCCUCCGCGCCCCUGUCCGUCGACACCUUCUUCCUGGUCGGUGGCAUGGUCAACUGCUACGCCUUCCUCAAGACAGUCCAGGGCAAGCGCUCCUUCAACUUCAUCAUGUACUACGUGCAUCGCUACGUCAGGCUGACGCCGGCCUUCGCACUCAUGAUCGGCAUCACCGCGACCUGGAUCGCGAUCCUCGGCAACGGCCCCCUGUGGUACCAGGUGGUGGGUGACGCGAGCGACAGCUGCAUCCGCAACUGGUGGUCCGCGCUGCUCUACGUGGCCAACUAUGCCACGCCCACGGACCAAUGCAUGAUGCAGUCGUGGUACCUCAUGGUAGACAUGCAGCUGCACUGGCUGUCGCCUCUCCUGCUGAUUCCGCUCUGGAAGUUCCCUGUGGUGGGCCUCGCCUGGGGCGGCCUGCUCUUUGUUCUGUCCUGCCUCUCACCCUUCCUCAUCACGUACUUCUACGAGCUGCCUGCGCCCAUGUCCACAGACAUCAGCAUGGACGCCCAGCACGUGUUCCUCGAACAGAUGUACUACCCCACCCACACCCGCGCCACGGCAUACAUCAUGGGCACAAUGGUCGGCUACGCCCUCUACAAGAUCAAGACCGGCAAGCUGACGUGGCGGCUUUCCUCUGCCCAGGUGACCCUUGGGUGGCUGGCCAGCACAGCCCUGUGCCUGACAGUGAUCUUCGGAGAGCAGCCUCUCCUCGACCACGAGAACCACCCAUACAACGUGUGGGAGGCGUCCUUCUACUCGGGCUUCCACCGCGUCGCCUGGUCCAUCGGCAUUGCCUGGAUCGUGCUGGCUUGCAUCAUGGGCAACGGCGGACCCAUCAACGCCUUCCUCUCGUGGACGCCGUUCUGCGUGCUGGGGCGGCUAACGUACGGCAUCUACCUGACGCACGCCGCCGUACAGAUGGUUGACCACGGCCUUAUGCGGUCCUCCGAAUACUACACGGACUUUAAGAUGGUGGAGGGAAUGUUAGGUGACUUAGUACUUGCCACCUUCUUCGGUACCUGCCUCUGCCUUACCAUGGAGUCGCCGAUCAUGGCCAUCGAAAAGGCACUCAGGGGACCGCCACGAAGAGAGAGACCAUCGUCGCCCCCACCGCCGCAGUCCGAAGGGAAGUCCGGGAACGGUAUAGACAACCCCACGUUCGUACCGCCAGAGCCCAGCCGGACUCCUGCGUAAGAGGGCUACACACCACGCGCUGACAGAAUACUUCAAGAGGCUCAGAUUGAGAUGAUAACCAAUUUUCUUCCAUUUCUCUGGUGCGAGGCAGGGGUUCUUGGCAACCCUAUCGAUAAACAUGCCACAGUUGCAUGACGGAAAUGUCUUUUCAAGUGUGCUGAAAAUGCAGUUCUAUGAGUGAAACCAAAGUAACACAGCUUUACUAGUGUAUUUAUUUUUUAAAACAAUUACAAAACGACGAUUUUUGUGUAAACGUGUGUAAAUUCAUCUCAUUAUAUCGACGUAUGCCUGCGGAAGUUGCGUAUCUGUGAAGAGGCGGGGAACGUUAGUGGUUCUGCGCCGGCCUAGACAACGCUGGCGGAUCUGGAAAGAGACGGCCAUCACUGGCGUAUCUGCUUUUAGGCUGACCUGCUCAUUCAACUAUUAACUGUUUGUCAGCAACGAAAAGAGAAGAAAGGAAGAAGUUUCCUUCAAGAAUGUGGAGGUUGGCACAGGUAUCAUUAUGGACCGGCCGCCAUAUUCUUGAAGCAAACUUCUUCCUUUCUUAUUUUGUUUUCGUUGCAGACAAACGUUUAAUGGAGGCUUAUUGGUCAUCGUAGGAAGUGUGUCGUACAGUAUUGAGUCAUGUGAAAAAUCAAUCACGAGGGAACAAACAUUAAAAUGGAACAUCAGUCAAUACUGUACGACAUACCUACGAUGAGCAAUAUGCCUCCAAAGUUGGCCGUGCAGACCAGCCGAAAAGCAGAUCCACCAGUGAUGCCGUCUCAUUCCACAUACGCCAGUGUUUGCCUGGCCGGCGCAGAACCGACUGUGUUCCCCGCCUCUUCACACUGAUAAACUAAGUGUUUAAGUGCUCAACACUUGUAAGUGUGCAACUGCAAGUGGAAUACUUGCAAGUGUGCAACUCCGUAGUCGUAAACUUGCAAGUGUAAAACUCGGUAGAUGUGCACUUGCAAGUGUGCACUUUCCUUAGAUUGGACGCUUAAUGUGUAGGAAGUGUUCAACCGAGGAGUUGCACACUUAGAAGUAUUUAACUUGCAGUUGCACACUUGCAAGUAUUUAACUUACAGUUGCACACUUAGAAGUGUCGAGCAGUUGAAUAUUUAGUUUAUCAGUGCACAGAUACGCCACUUCUGCAGGCAUUUCUCGGUAUACAGUGUGUAUAAUAGUAUGUAUUAUAGUUUUUAAUGAAUUGAAUAUAAUCUCAGAGUAAGAGUC